AUGCCGGACGAAGAGGAGAGUAUCAAGGUCAUCGUGGUCGGUGAUGGGAAUGUUGGCAAGACGUCUCUGCUGCACCGCUUUGUGAAGGGUUACUUCAUUGAUCAGUACCGCAAGACUAUCGGUGCUGAGUUUAUGGAGAUGGAUGUGUUUCUCCGAUCCACCAACAGUACGGUGAAGCUCAUGCUCUGGGACACCGCGGGGCAGGAAGUGUUUAAUGCGCUGACGCAGGCUUACUACCGUGGCGCUGGUGCCGCCAUUCUGGCAUUUAGCAGUGUCGAUCGCGAUAGUUUCAUGAGCGUUUCGGCGUGGAAGCAGCGGGUUGAGUCCGUGUGUGGCCCCAUUACGAUGGUCUUAUGCCAGACAAAGUUUGACCUCUCUCACGAGGCUGUCAUCACGAAUGCGGAGGCGGAGAAGCUCGCCAACCAACUCGAGGUGCCACUGUUUCGUGUGUCCACCAAGGACGACUUUAAUGUGACGCAGCUGUUCGAGUUCGCGGCGCAGCGGUGUGUUUCGAGCGCGACGCAGGACGAGACGACCGAGGAGCAAGCAGACGACGUGGGGAACGUUGGUCGCUUAAAUGAAACGGAGGAAUCGACUGCAAAGGUGUCGGCUGCGGCGGCGUCUUCGAUGGCCCCGGGGAAACAACAUGGUGACGGUGGUGCAGUAACUGCCCAUGCGCCUAGCACGGCGGCCGCGUUCCCCUCUCCACCAGCAGCCAGGAAGUCGAAAGCGUGCGGCCCCGAUGCUAUCGAAGAGGCUACUAAAACCGCAUGCAACUCGAGCGAAGGCUGGAAAGAGGAGGAGAAGCCUUCGUCUAGGGCAAAGAGCACGGUAAUACUGAUGGAUCGGAAAGGGAAGACCCAUCAUAAGAAAAAGUCCCUCAAGUGCCUCCUCUACUAG